GAUGCAUUUUAUAAACAAUUUUUCGUAAAGUUAUUCUCCUUGUAAAUAUUAAAAAAAUGCAAGACGAUUUAUUACAAAUUAGACGUUUUUUAAAAGAACGAUUGCAGCGUGACUAUACAACUUUACACGGCCAUGAGGCGGAACGUGAAAACGUGAGGCAGUUGCUACAACGAACUGCAGAAUUGGGAGAAUCAAAUUCACUACUGCUCAUUGGACCGCGAGGGUCGGGCAAAAGCACUCUGAUUAAUGCAGUGCUGAGUGACCUUGUGCCUAGUACAGAUUUUCAACAAAACACAAUGCUUGUGCAUUUAAAUGGCAAUUUACAUACUGAUGACAAAUUGGCACUCAAAUCGAUCACUGUACAAAUGCAAUUGGAAAAUGCUGCCAAUGGAAAAGCUUUUGGUUCUUUUGCAGAAAAUUUAGCAUUUCUGUUGGCAUGCCUGAAAUCAGGCAACAAACGUUCUAAAAGUGUAAUCUUCAUAUUAGAUGAAUUUGAUCUCUUCUGCGCGCAUCACAAUCAGACGUUAUUGUACAAUUUGUUUGACGUGUCACAGUCUGCACAAGCACCGAUCUGUGUGAUAGGAGCGACAUGCCGUCUGGAUGUCAUCGAAUUGUUGGAGAAGCGGGUAAAAUCCCGUUUUUCACACAGACAAGUUUUUCUUUUUCCGACAUCGGGUGAUUUUGAAAAGUAUCUAGAUCUGUUCGAGACUUUAUUAAGCAUACCUACCGAAAGAGAGUUGAGGCAAAUUGCAGAACGUGUAUCGCAUUUACAGAAGCUGAAUUCAACUGAGCUAACAAUGCAUCGUUGUCAUUUCAAUCCUGCGAAGUACAAAUUUAACAAAAAAUUUAUUGAAGCAUGGAAUAAUGGCAUAGCUGUGCUAAUAGAUGAUGCCAAAUCUGUGGCAGUAACUUCGUUAAAGACUCUAUAUGAAAUCGAUAAGAGUGAAUCGUUUCUAAAAAUAUUCCUAUUCCGCCUUGUUUCGCAAUUAGAUCCAGACGCGCAACCAAAUAUCACCGCAGAGCAAAUGUCCGAAAUAGUUGCAACCUACACAAUUGAUCCGAGAGUGGAAUUAUUGUGUGGCUUAUCCGUGCUCGAAUUGUGCCUCGUCAUUGCCAUCAAACACCAUUCCGAAAUCUAUGAUCGCGACCCUUUCAAUUUCGAAAUUAUAUUCGCGCGUUUUGCUAAAUUCGCCAAAGUGUCGACCACUAUGCAGGGCAUAGAACGUGCAGUCUCGCUUAAGGCAUUUGAACGCUUGCGGCAUAUGGAAGUAAUACUUCCAAUUUCUAAUUCCGUUGGCAAAGUACAAAAAGACUUCGAAAUGCACCGCCUGGCAUUAACGUAUGGUCAGUUGAAUGAUGCUGUACAAAAAUAUCAAGCUCUCCCAACGGAGGUAGCGCAAUGGGCGCAGAGCUCUAUAAUUUAAGCAAAUAGAAAUAUGAUUACGUUAAAUGUUUUUUAAUAUAUUUUAAGUCUUAUUCAGUA